AUGGGAAGCUUUGUUUUCAAGUGGGAGCAUCCUGCGGAAGAGGUCUAUGUUACUGGAACAUUCGACAACUGGUCCAAGAGCGAAAAAUUAGUAAAGAACGGCGAUGUCUUUUCGAAGGAUGUCCAACUGGCAAACGCUGGAGAAAAGAUUUAUUACAAGUUCGUCGUCGACGGUAACUGGGUGACAGAUCACACCGCUCCUCAAGAAAACGACGCAUCGGGAAAUUUAAACAACGUCCUCACAACAGAUAGAAUUGUCAAACAUACACCUGCGACCGCUGGAAUUAUGUCUGGCGUUGCCCCAACCUCCACUACGUCAGAAUUGGCAAAGGAUGUUCCUCUUGAGAAAGAGAAAUCCCCACUCGCCCAAAAUGGCUCUUCAGAUUUGCCUGGAGCAUUUCCCGAAACUCCAGCGGCUGUAGAAACUGGUGAUUUCUCUGUGAAUCCUCUGCCCGCUGCAGAUGGUGCUGUCAAUCCUAUCAAACUCGCACCAGGAGAGAAUGUUCCACAUCCAAGCUCUUUCACCACCAACGAUAUCACUUCUGGCGUGCAUGAUGAUCCCGAGCUUGUCGCUGCAGACAAAGCCAAAUCCGAAGCCGAGUCUACGUUUGGUGUCUCACCGCUCCCCGCUUUUGCUGGUGGAGUAAACCCUAUAAAACUUGCGCCUGGAGAAGAGAUCCCUAAAUCAAGCGACUUCACUACCAACACCAUCCACUCAGCUGUUCGCACCGACAAGGAAUCAUAUGAAAACAGCGACGCAUUGGGCCAUGCUCCCAUCCUUCCUCCAGUUGUCACUCCUCAGGCGGAACGCGAGCUUAAUGGUACUGGAAUCCUCGGUUUGUCUUCUUCAACCAAGAACUUGAUUCCUGAAUCAAGCUUGCCAACUGGAGUCGAUGAAGCGGGAACAUUCGAUGCGACAAACCCAACCAUCCAAUCUGCCGGUCCUCAAACCACAACAUCAAUCCUUGCCGCCAAGGUUCCACUCGAAUCGACAAAGGUGCCAGAAGUUGUCAAGGAGAGCCAAAAGGAGGCAGGAUUUGCUCCAGAGGCCAGCGCAAUUCCAUCCGAAGUUUCUGAGAAGAGCGCCGUUGAGAAGGAACUUAAGAGGGAAGUUGGUGUUGCUCCAACAACUUCCGAAGGAAUUGCUGGACAAGGAACAACCAAGACUGAAAAGACUGUUACUGCAGGUGAGGCUGCCGCUGCUGUUGGAGCAGCUGCCAUCGCUGUAGGAGGUGCCGCAUAUGCUGCUGCUUCCGCUAUCCCAAGUAAGCUUCCAGAGAGCGUUACAAGCAUUCCAAGCAAACUUCCAGAGACCGUUGCAAGCAUUCCAAGCAACCUUCCAGAGAGCUUGACCAGCAAGUUGCCAGAAUCUGUUCAGCAGUCCAUCAAAUCGGUCAACGCCACCGGCACUGUUGACCAAACAACUGCCAAGGACACUCCAGAAAUUGUCAGAGAAUCAAUUGUUGAGUCUGGUCAAAGCCCAGAAGCUGCUGCUAACGAGGCAGCUGUUCUCGACAAGAAAGCUGUUGAGGCAGAAUUAUUGUCCGGAGUCAAGCCCGAGACAUCCACUGCCAAGGACACCCCUGCGGUUGUCAAGGAGUCAAUUGCUGAAUCAGGUCAAAGCCCAGAGGCUGCCGCCAACGAAGAAGCUGUCCUUGACAAGAAGGCCUUCGAGAAGGAAUUGUUGUCCGAGAUUAAGCCUGAAAACUCAACCGGUGAACCUGCACCAAAGAUUGACUCGACAAGUGCUGUUGAGCCUUCUGAACCUGCUGCUUCUACUGCCCCAGUUGUCACCAGUGGAGUCACUUCCACAGAGGUUCCAAGCACCUCUGCUGCUACUGUCCCAGCUGUCACCACAGGGGUUGAAUCCACCAACGUUCCCACCAUCUCUGAACCAGCAGCAACAGAAACAAAGCCAAUCGAUUCCAGGGAUGUUUCACCUCACACCAGUCCCGCCACCGGAGAAGACGCAGCACCUGUUGUUACCAGUGGACUGGGUUCUACAACAGUUCCCGAAACUUCAGGUUCUGCUCCAGGUACUCCUCCAAAGGAGAGUGCUACCUUGACCCCCGCAAAGUCCUCUGCCGAAUCCGCCACUCCAUCAAGCACCAACGCCGCAGACAACUCUGCCGCGGCUGACAAAAAGAAGAAGCGUACUAGCUUUUUUGGCAAGUUGAAGGCAAAAUUCCACAAGGAAUAA